AUGAGUGCCGUAGCCCCGCCGAUCGCCAAGCGCGUGCCACACACAGUCACGUUUGGCCGCGUCGAUGGCGAGAACCGCGGGCCAAACCCAAUGGAGCCGCUCGAGCUGUCGGACGACCUCUUCUGGAUCCGGGACGACAGCCGGAAGAACGAGGACAUGCUCCAGCUGCUACGCGACGAGAACGCCUACUCGCAGCACAAAACCUCCACCCUCGACGGUUUCAGAGGCACGCUGUACGAUGAGAUGCUUUCGCACGUCCAGGAGGACGACGACACGCACCCCACGCCCGCCGCGGACGGAUACGAGUACUGGAGCCGCACCACCAAGGGCAAGUCCUUCCGGGUGUACCUCCGCCGGCCGCGCGGCAGCGCCGGCGAGGAGCAGACGAUUCUCGACGUGAACGAGGUGCCGAGCCUGCAGUACUUCAAGGACGAGGGCGGGUGGGCCUGUCCUGGCCCCUCACUCCCGUCUGGCCGGCUGCUCGCGUACGCAGUGGACGGGUCGGGGUACGAGACGUACACGGUGAGGCUCAAGGAGCUGGGCAGCGGCGUGGAGAUGGAGGAGGAGAUCCGCGGGACGGGAGGGAGCAUCGCGUGGGCGGACGAGCGCACGCUCUUCUACGUGAAGCUCGACGCGCAGCACCGGCCCUUUGAGGUGUGGAGGCACGUCAUCGGCACGGCGCAGGCGGAAGACGUGCGUGUCUUCGAGGCGCCGAGAGCUCUUCAAACAGAGGACCACACCGCCCAGACGCGUGUCAUCUCCGGCGUGCCCUCCUCGCAGGAGACGACCGAGAUGCUCUUCGUGCCGACCGCCACGCCCGCCGCCGACCCGACCCUCAUCCGGCGGCGCAAGUUUGGCGAGCGGUACGACGUCGACUCGCACUCUCCAUCGCGCACCCUCUUCCUCACCUCGAACGCCGACGGCCUCGCCCGCCGCGCAGCUCCGCUCUCAGAGCAAGCGGGAGGCGCUGAGCUGCUCCUCCCCCCCCCUCACCAGGCCUCCGCCUUCGGCGGCUUCCUCGCGGUGAGCGGCCGCGAGGAGGGCUUCACGCAGCUGUGGGUGGUUGCGUUGCGGGAGGGGGUUGCCGCGGCGGGCGCGCACCGGCUCGGCUUCGAGGACGAGAGCUUCACGGCGGAGCUGGGGAGCAACCGGCUCUUCGAGGCGGCCGGCCGGCUGAGGGUCGAGUACUCGUCGAUGACGCAGCUGCGCGAGUACGACGUGGGGGCGGGCUACUCGCACGCCACGCUCAAGGAGCAGCCGGUGCCGGGGUACGACCCCUCCCUCUACCAGACCCGCCGCAUCGAGGUGGCGGCGCGCGACGGCGAGGCGGUGCCCGUGACGCUGCUCUGGCGCUCCGACGCCGUCGAGGAGGGGCGGCCUGCUCCGUGCCACCUCUACGGGUACGGCAGCUACGGCCCACCGCGUGACGCACGGCCGAUAGGCAUCUGCAUGGACCCCUCUUUCUCCGCCUCGCGCCUCGCCCUCGUUGACCGCGGAGUCGUCUACGCCGUCGCGCACAUCCGCGGCGGCGGCGAAAUGGGCCACCACAGGUGGUACGAGGCGGCGGGCAACAGGAACACCUUCACCGACUUUGUCGACUGCGGCAAGGCGCUGCUCGAGCGGGGCAUCGCCGAGCCGGGCCGGCUCUCGUGCGAGGGCCGCUCCGCCGGCGGCUUGCUGGUGGGCAACGUGGUCAACAUGGCGCCCGAGCUCUGGUGCGCCGCGGUGGCGGGCGUGCCGUUCGUCGACCUGAUGGUGACGAUGUGCGACCCGUCGAUCCCGCUCACGACGGAGGAGUGGGAGGAGUGGGGCAACCCGAACGAGGAGAAGUACUACGAGUACAUGCGCAGCUACUCGCCCAUCGACAACGUGCGCGAGGGCGUCGUCUACCCAAAGACGCUCAUCGUCUCUGGACUCAACGACCCGCGCGUGGCGUAUUGGGAGCCAACAAAGUGGGCCCAGGUUUUGCGCGCCAAGGUGGCCAACGGCGACGACGUGCUGCUCAAGAUGGACCUCGCCGCCGGCCACUUCUCCGCCGCAGACCGCUACCGCUACCUCCGCGAGCUCGCCUUUGACUACGCGUGGCUGCUCGAGCAGCUGGGCAAGGCAGAGGCGACUGCGCCGGCCACCAGCUAG